CAACGACCCUGUUGUACUUUCAAACUAUUUAAUUAUUCAACAGUUUAGUCAAAGAAUAAUUUAAAGCCACAAAAGACCAAACACAACACAAGAGAGAACACUCAACACCAAAGCAAGAACAAGUGAAGAUACAAAAAAAGAAGAAUGGAGUUAUACUUAUAUCAAUCUUUGGGAAAGUACCAAAAACCAAAAGGGUCUAACAUAAAACAGGUUUUGAAGGUGAUGAUAAUUUUGGCUGUUUGUGUCUGGUUACUGUAUCAGAUCAAGAACAUAAAAACAAAGAACUAUGGUGGUCAAACCAAGAUUGUUGUAGGAUGUGGAGCUAAAUUGUUUGGACGGAAAGGGAUACUGUCAAGAUUGGAUGAAGGAGCUUUUCCUAACUCGCGAAUGGUUGAUUCUGUUGGAGAAGUAACUAAUGAGUAUAAAAGUCAUGACAGAGAAGAAGUACAACGCAGGGACCUGCCAAAUGAUAUGCAGGUUAGAAAGAAUGCUAAAUCAGAAUUCUCAUUGAAGGAGAAUGCCGAGGAUGAAGACACCAAACGUAGAAUUAACGAGAAAGGAAAAAAUAUGCAGAAAAAUGUGGUGGAGAGUGCUACUAAGGAUGGUGUAAUAAUAGAGGAAAUGGAUGAGGUCGAAAGCUUUCAUGAUGAAAAUGGUGUUCCACCUGACAGCAAUGAUGAAAACAUUUCAACUUUUAGCAAUGUAAAUUGGCUUAAAAAGAUCAAUAUUUAUGAAGUCGCAUAUGGAGUUGAGAAUGAUGCUGAAAUGAAUUUGGAAGGAUCCAUAAAUGUCACAACAGCCGACAAAGAAAUUAAUGCCGGAAUCACUACUCAUGUUGAUGCUUCAGGUUUGCAAUCAAGUAAUAGGUGGAGAUAAUUUGGUUUUAUGAGAUUGUAAAUUUGUUGAGAUUGUAAAUCUGUUUAUCAUAAUUGUAAACAAAAGGUUGAAUUACAGAUCAUUACAAAAAUAAUGAUUUGUAAGAAGGUUUAUAGGUCCUAGGAUUAGACGAUGUCUUUUUUCUUUAAUUCAUGAACAUGUAUGAUGUAAUUAUCCACUGGGAAUUUUAAGUUACAGAUCUUUUUCUGAGAGGUCA